CAUCAUGCGUAUAGUGUAUAAUAAGGACACAUGCAUACAUGCACAUAAUUGAUAGAGUAAUACCAAGUAGCUCACCUUUUUGACAUUAACCAAACACGGCAACCACACUGCUUUACUCGCUCUCAUUUUCUUCUUUAUUUUUGUUCCCACUUCUUCUUUGAGAGCCUUAAGGAAUAAGGAGGAGGAGGAGGAGGAGGAGGGGUUCUUUUCUAUCUUUUCCCCUUCCCUGUAUAUCUCUCUUGGAAAGCAAGCAAAGCAAACAUAACAGAGUAAAGCAAAAAAGGAAAGAAAAUACAGCGACAACAACAACAGAAGAAGAAAGACCGACCGACCCAUUUGAGGACGUGAGGUGGGGCUCCCCCCCCCCGCCCCCCUUUCCAGUUUCCACCUCCCAUUAUAUACUAAAAUGACCUCCAGACCACCCAACGCCACCAACGGCACUCACCACCACUCGCACCCACCACCACCACCACAACCUCCCAGCAACACCACCAACGCUACCGCUCUUAGUACCCACCAACCCCACCCUCCUCCUGCUCCUCCUCACUCCCAUUACUUCCCACCUCACUCUUCUUCCUCCUCCUCCAAGGCCUCCUUCAAAGGCUGCUGCUGCUGCCUCUUCCUCCUCUUCUCCUUGCUCUUCCUCCUCGUCCUCGCCGUCAUCCUCGUCGUCGUCCUCGCCAUUAAGCCCAAGAAGCCCCAGUUCGACCUCCAAUCCGUCGGCGUCCAGUAUCUCGGCAUCAACUCCAAUCCCAAUCCCACCCCAACCCCCACCUCCUCCUCCUCUGCCUCUGUCUCCCUAGCCAUCAGGAUGCUCUUCACCGCCGCUAACGAUAAUAAGGUCGGGAUCAAGUACGGCGACUCCAAAUUCACGGUGAUGUACCGGGGGAUCCCUUUGGGACGGGGCACUGUUCCUGGGUUCUACCAGCCCGCCCAUAGCGUCCGCCAAGUUCAGACCACCAUUGCGGUGGACCGGGUCAACUUGCUCCAGACCGAUGCUGCCGAUUUGCUGAGGGACGCCACCGUCAAUGAUCGGGUUGAGCUGCGGGUGCUGGGGGAUGUUGGAGCUAAGAUCCGGAUUCUUGGCUUUACUUCACCUGGGGUGCAGGUAUCGGUUGAUUGCGCAAUAGUGAUCAGCCCCAGGAAGCAAGCACUCACUUACAAGCAGUGCGGAUUUGAUGGCCUCAGCGUAUGACCUGCUCCUCUUCAAACGGACCUCCACCGGUUCUCUUUUUUACCCUUUCUUUCUUUCGAGAGGGAGUAAAUUAAAGAAGACUAGGAAGAAUACUUUUUUUAUUAUUUGCAUGGUUGAAUUGAAAGAGUAAUUUUCUUUUAGCCACCACCGCGACCGCACAUGGACGGACGGACUCGAUUUAUUUUUGGUUGCAACAACUUCAGAAUACCUGAUUAGUCAUCACUAAUUCUUAAUUACUGCUGUUAUUAGUGAGGCAAAUGUUUAUAAAGAAAUGUAACUCAUGAGAGCAUCUUUCCUUUCUUUUCUUUUCAACUUCUGUGCUGGUUUUGUUGUAAAAGUUUUGGAGCGAUUUUGUGGAUGGAGGAGAAUCUUGGGGUUAAUUCUUUUUAGAUGUUCCGCCCGCCUCCGCUUAUGAGUAAUGAUUGAAGAUAGAAGAGAAUCUUGGGAUGA